AGUAGAGUUGAAUUGGGAGGGAGAGGCAGAGAAGACAUAAAGGUCAGUCUCUUCCCCGCUGGCUGCUACGUGCCCAGGACCAACACCAAACAACUCGGAGGAGUUCGAGAGAGGGAGCGGGAUCCCAGCCAGCCUCCGUCGGCGUCUACAGGCGGCACGCCAUGGACGCCGAGAGCGGAGAAACACCCCUCCUCUUCCAUCAGCACAAUCCCAACCAGGUUCAGGUCUCUUCAUCAAGCAACAGACCCUUCAACUGGAAGGCUCCUGCUAUUAUUUUGGCAUUUGAAUUCUUGGAGAGCAUUGCCUACGCUGGUAUUGCCCUCAACUUGAUCGUAUAUCUCGGAACGGUCCUUCAUGGAACUACUGCUUCAAACGCCGCAACUGUUGAUACAUGGAACGGCACCACAUUCCUUACACCCGUUCUUGGAGCCUUUCUCGCUGAUACGUACUGGGGAAAGUACAAGACCGUCGGUAUCUCCAUAAUAUUCUAUCUUACUGGGAUGCUCGUCAUUACUGCCUCGACAAUUAUUCCUUCUUUACAACCCGCGGCAUGUGAAGGAACUUCAUGCCCUCCUGCCACAGGGUUUCAGUAUUUUGUCUUGUUUGCAGCACUAUACCUUAUUUCUGUUGGGACUGGAGGUGUUAAAUCAGCUUUGCUUCCCCUCGGAGCAGAUCAAUAUGAUGAUUCAGACGUUGAACAGAGUAAACAGAAGCAAGCUUUCUUUAGUUGGUUUUUCAUGGCCAUUAACAUUGGAGUCUUCUUCUCGGGGACUGUUGUCGUAUGGGUACAGCAAAAUGUUGCUUGGUCUCUUGGAUUUGCCAUCUCAUCAGUGUGCCUCAUUGUUGCCACAGUUGCCUUCUUCGUAGGAACACCAAUAUACAGGGUUCAUCUUCCUACUGGAAGCCCACUGAAAAGUCUUGUAGCGGUAUUUGUCGCAUCAUUUAAGAAGAGAAAAGUGGAGGUUCCUGCUGAUACCACAAUAUUGUUUGAAGGAGAUGAUGCAAACUUAACGAAUGCAGGACAAAACAAAUUGGCACAUACUGAUGGAUUCAGGUGCUUAGACAAGGCUGCUGUAGUUGUAGGUGAGCAAGAGAUAAAGGAUAGUAAUUUGGGGCGCCCAUGGCUACUAUGUACUGUUACUCAGGUGGAGGAAGUGAAGAUUCUUGUUCGGAUGCUUCCAAUAUGGCUCACCAGUGUGUUCUAUGCAGCUUCGAUGUGCCAAACAGCUACCACUUUUAUCCAACAAGGGAUGGCAAUGGACACCAAGAUUGGAUCAUUCUCUGUCCCUGCUGCGUCCAUGAACUCUGCUUCAGUGAUCUUCAUGCUGAUCUGGGUUGUGUUCCAGGACAGUAUUGUGAUCCCAAUAGCUAGACGGUACACUGGAAAUGUUGCAGGGCUUACGCAGCUGCAGCGGAUGGGCGUCGGCCGGUUUCUAGCUGUUCCGGCAUUGGCUGCGGCUGCACUGGUUGAAAUGUGGAGACUGCGCAGCGUCAGGGAUGGCCACAAUCUAAGCAUAGCAUGGCAAGUCCCUCAGUUUAUGCUCAUUGCCUGCUCCGAUGUGUUUUGCGGCAUAGCUCAGCUCGAGUUCUUCUACUCGGAGGCCCCCACGUCGAUGAGGAGCUUGUGCUCGGCAUUCUCGUUCCUCGCAAUGUCGCUUGGUUACUACCUGAACUCGAUGAUCAUCUCGGCCAUCGCUGUUCUAUCGAAGAGCAAGGGCGGGCAGGGCUGGCUUCCUGCCAAUCUGAACGACGGCCAUCUCGACUACUACUUCUGGCUGUGGGCGGGAAUCGGCGCGGUGAACUUUGUCGUGUACACGGCGUUCGCGAAGAAUUACACGGUGAAGAAAGUCGGGCCACGGGCUUAAUAAUCUAUGUUCGCAUACAUCUCUUUAUACUUUCACAGUAUCUAUUGUCUACAUAUUCACUUUGAUUGAGCGAGGUGUAAUUAAAUGUCGCCGGAAUUCCUUUAUUUGUAUCCAUUUGAAUAAAAAGUGCCUUUGGAACAGAAAUGUUUCAGUUUUGAUUA